GCCAUAUUCUCUCGGGCCGGCUCCCCAGAGACGCGCAGCCACCAUGAACGCCUCCUCUUUCCACAUCUCCAGCCUCCUGGAGAAGAUGACAUCCAGCGACAAGGACUUCAGGUUCAUGGCGACUAGCGACCUGAUGUCCGAGCUACAGAAGAACUCCAUCCAGCUGGAUGAGGACAGUGAGCGCAAGGUGGUGGCGAUGUUGCUCAAGCUCCUGGAGGACAAGAAUGGGGAAGUGCAGAACCUGGCUGUCAAGUGCCUGGGUCCUCUGGUGGGCAAAGUGAAGGAGUACCAGGUGGAGACCAUUGUGGAUGCCCUCUGUGCGAACAUGCGGUCAGACAAAGAGCAACUCCGAGAUAUCGCUGGCAUCGGCCUCAAGACAGUCCUGUUGGAGCUUCCUCCUGCAGCCACAGGCUCCGGCCUGGCCACCAACGUGUGCCGCAAGAUCACGGGUCAGCUCACCAGUGCCAUUGCCCAGCAGGAGGAUGUGGCCGUGCAGCUGGAAGCCCUGGACAUUCUCUCUGACAUGCUGAGCAGGCUGGGUGCCUCCCUGGGCACCUUCCAUGCCAGCCUCCUGCACUGCUUGCUGCCGCAGCUGAGCAGCCCGCGCCAGGCGGUGCGCAAGCGGGCAGUGGGAGCACUGGGCCACCUGGCGGCCGCCUGCAACACCGACCUCUUCGUGGAGCUCGCCGACUACCUGAUCCACCAGCUGCCUGGCCCGAGGGCACCCGCCAGCCCCGCCGCCAUCCACACCCUGAUCCAAUGUUUGGGGAGCGUCGGCCGUCAGGCUGGCCACCGCCUAGGUGACCACCUAGACUGCCUGGUGCCCCUGGUGGAAGAGUUCUGCAACAUGGAUGAUGAUGAGCUUCGAGAGUCCUGUCUCCAGGCCUUUGAGGCCUUCCUGAGGAAGUGCCCCAAGGAGAUGGGCCCUCAUGUGCCCAAUGUCACCAGCCUCUGCCUCAAGUACAUAAAGCAUGACCCCAACUAUAACUAUGACAGUGGUGGCGACAAGGAGCUGAUGGAGACAGAGGACAGUGAAUUCAGUGAGCAAGAGAGCGAGGACGAGUACAGCGAUGACGAGGACAUGAGCUGGAAGGUACGACGGGCAGCAGCCAAGUGCUUGACCUCCUUGAUCAGCUCGCGGCCUGACCUCUUGCCCAAUUUCCACUGUACCCUGGGGCCUGCACUCAUCUGCCGCUUCAAAGAGCGUGAUGAGAAUGUCAAGGCCGAUGUCUUCGGGGCUUACAUUGAAUUGCUGCGGCAAACCCGGCCCCCAAAGGGAUGGCUGGAGGUCAAGGAGGUGCCCACCCAGACAUGCAGCAACCUUCACGUGCUGCGAGACCAGGUGCCACUUGUGCUGAAAGCCUUGCAGCAGCAGCUUAAAGCCCACAGCAUCCGUGUCCGCCAAGGCUGCUUCAGCCUCCUUGCUGAGCUGGCAGCUGUCCUCCCAGGCAGCCUGGCUGAGCACAUGCCUGUGCUGGUCUCAGGUAUCGUCUUCUCACUGGCAGACCGCUCCAACUCCUCCACCAUCCGAAUGGAUGCCUUGACCUUCCUGCAGGGCUUGCUGGGUACGGAAUCGGCCGCGACCUUCCAGCAGCAGCUGCCCACCCUGCUGCCGCCUGUGCUGGCCUGCGUGGCUGACCCUUUCUAUAAGAUUGCAGCGGAAGCAUUGCUGGUGCUACAGGAACUGGUGCGGGUCCUGUGGCCACUGGACCAGCCUCAGAGGUUGGACCCAGAGCCGUACGUUGGAGAGAUGUCAGCGGCCAUCCUGGGAAGACUUCGUGCCACCGACCUGGACCAACAGGUGAAGGAGCAGGCCAUUUCCUGUAUGGGCCACCUUGUGUGCCAUCUGGGGGACCGACUUGGGGGCCAUGUGGAGCCCUUGUUACUGCUACUCCUGGAGCGUCUGAGCAAUGAGAUUACCCGGCUGCCUGCUGUUAAGGCGCUAAGGUUGGUGGCCUUGUCCCCGCUGCAGCUGGACCUGCAGCCCAUCCUUGCUGAGACACUGCCCAUCCUGGCCUCAUUCCUGCGUAAGAACCAGCGGGCACUGCAGUUGGCUACAUUGGCAGCCCUGGACACGGUGGCCCAGAGGCAGGGCCUAUGCCUCCCGCCUACUGCCAUCCAGGUGGUGCUGGCGGAGCUGCCAGCCCUGGUCAGUGAGAACGACAUGCACGUGGCCCAAUUGGCGGUGGACUUCCUUGCCACAGUGACCCAGGCCCAGCCAGCCUCCCUGGUCGAGGUCAGUGGCCCCGUGCUCUCGGAGCUGGUGCGGUUGCUCCACUCCCCGCUGCUCCCCGCAAGUGUGCUGGCCGCCGCCGAGGGCUUCCUGCAGGCGCUGGUGGGCACCCGGCCCCCGUGCGUGAACUACACCAAGCUCAUAGAGCUGCUCACCGCGCCCGUGUACAAUCAGGAGGAAGACGGCGGGCCCGGCCUGCACAAGCAGGUGUUUCACUCGCUGGCCCGGUGUGUGGCAGCCCUAGCAGCCGCCUGUCCCCAGGAAGCGGCGGGCACUGCAAACCGCUUGGUCUGUGAUGCCAGGUCACCCGACUCCAGCACUGGGGUCAAGGUUCUGGCAUUCCUGUCCCUGGCCGAGGUGGGCCAGGUGGCGGGGCCCGGCCCCCAGCGGGAGCUGAAGGUAGUACUCCUGGAGGCCCUGGGCUCGCCCAGCGAGGAUGUGAGGGCGGCCGCCUCCUACGCGCUGGGCCGGGUGGGCGCCGGCAAUCUGCCCGACUUCCUGCCCUUCUUGCUGGGGCAGAUCCAGACGGAGCCCCGGAGGCAGUACCUGCUGCUCCACGCCCUCCGGGAGGCCCUGGGGGCCGCCCAGCCCGACAGCCUGAAGCCCUAUUCAGAGGACAUCUGGGCCCUGCUGUUUCAGCACUGCGAGGACACCGAGGAGGGCACUCGGAGCGUGGUGGCCGAGUGCAUAGGGAAGCUGGUGCUGCUCAACCCUCCCUUCUUCCUGCCCCGCUUCCGGAAGCAGCUGGCUGCAGGCCAGCCACACACCCGGAGCACCGUCAUCACAGCCGUGAAAUUCCUCAUCACGGACCAGCCCCAUCCUAUCGACCCCCUCUUGAAGAGCUAUAUUGGCGAGUUCAUGGAGAGCUUGCAGGACCCGGACCUGAAUGUGCGCCGGGCCACACUGGCUUUCUUCAACUCAGCUGUGCACAAUAAGCCCUCGCUUAUCCGGGACCUGCUGGAUGGCAUCCUGCCCCUUCUCUACCAAGAGACAAAGGUCCGCCGGGACCUCAUCCGGGAGGUGGAGAUGGGGCCGUUUAAGCAUGCAGUGGAUGAUGGGCUUGACGUGAGGAAGGCAGCCUUUGAGUGCAUGUACUCACUGCUUGAGAGCUGCCUGGGUCAGCUGGACAUCUGCGAGUUCCUGAACCACGUGGAGGAUGGGUUGAAGGACCACUAUGAUAUCCGGAUGUUGACCUUCAUCAUGCUCGCACGGCUGGCUACCCUGUGUCCUGCUCCUGUCUUGCAGAGAGUGGACCGGCUCAUUGAGCCACUUCGGGCCACCUGCACCACCAAGGUCAAAGCUGGAUCCGUCAAGCAGGAGUUUGAGAAGCAAGACGAGCUGAAGCGAUCAGCGAUGAGGGCAAUGGCCUCGCUGCUAACCAUCCCUGAAGUGAGGAAAAGUCCCAUCAUGGCCGACUUCUCUUCCCAAAUCCGAUCCAACCCUGAACUUGCCGCCCUCUUUGAAAGCAUCCAGAAGGAUUCCACAUCACCGCCCAGCACAGAAUCAAUAGAGCUCUCAGGGGGCCCUUAA